UCCUACACACACUCUUUCUGCUACACACCUUUUCAUUCACUUUACCACUUCCACCAUGAAAACCUCCCCACACUUUCCAUGAUUCUUCACUCUCCCCCGAACUCUAACCAUGGUCCGCAACGGCAGUGUUGAGAGUCCGUCCCCACGGCCACGCAUCCACCAGACGCACCCUCACGACACGCCUCUUUUCCAGUCCACCGUCUCCCAAUCCAACCUCCGCCGCUUCAAUUACUGGAUCCUCCUCUUCCGGUUAUCCGCCUUCUGCUUCUCCCUCUCUGCUGCUGUGUUCAUGCUCACCACCAAUGUCGCCCAUCAUGAUCAUGAUGAUGAUUCUAUUUCUCCUCCUCGCUGGUACCACUUCGGCGCUUUUCGCUUCGUUUUCGCUGCGAAUUCGAUAGUCGCUAUCUACUCACUAUUCGAAAUCGGAGCUUCAGUAUGGGAGAUCUACAGCAAUUGCACCGUUUUACCAGAAUUCUCACAAGUCUGGUUCGAUUUCGGCCACGAUCAGGUGUUUGCGUAUUUGCUGCUAUCUGCUGGAUCAACGGGAACGGAGCUUGCUAGACAGUUGAGAGGAGUUGACACGUGUACGGUGAAUAAUGCGUUUUGUAUCCAAUCGGAUAUCGCGUUGGCGUUGGGAUUCGUUGGGUUUUUGUCUGUUUUGAUCUCGUCUUUGCUUUCGGGGUAUAGAGUGGUUUGUUUUAUGAUCAAGGGCUCUCGUUUUGUUUACUAGUGUGGGGCGAGAAACACGGGAUUAUUGCUGAGGGUAAAGUGGUAAAGUUACCGUGUGAGGCGACCUGAUUUUGAUGUGGUGUGGUCGUCUAUGUUUCUCAAUAGGUUUGUGACAUGUGGUUGAAUGUCGGAUUUUGAUGUGAUGAUUGAUUCUAUUUGUUUAUAGUUUUAUAUUUUUUUAGGUGAUAUUAUGAAGUUAUGGGCAAAAUUUGGACU